GUGAAUCUACACUUAGUUUAAGUUCAGGCUUUAGUGUUUGUAUUCUUCUUUUCUUCUUUUUCCUUUUUUUAAGAUCUGGCAUCGAGAAACUGCAAAAAUCUCCGUGGGAUUUCUUGAUUCUUGAGAUUAAAUAUCUUGUCGGAAGUGUUUUCAAGGCUGCUUCUUAAACUCCCACCUCAUUUUUCAUUAUCGUUUUUCUAGGAAGGGUGAGAAUUAAGAAAUGGUUUCAUACGUGUAUUUGAUUCUUGAUCUGUCAAAGCUCGUUAAGGAAUGGUAGUUGUUUAUGUUUUCUUGGUGCAUAUGUUUUGAAUCCUUAUUUUGCUAUUUCUAAUAUCCGUUCAAGUCAAUUUAAAAAUAUCAUUUUUAAAGAAAAUUUAUGAAGUUAUGAACCAUAGACCCGUUUUCCAUGCACAAAGCUUAUUAGACUCUAGCUAGAACCCAAUAUAUCUGACAGAGUAGCAAUCAGUCUGUAUUUAUUGGGUUUCACAAGUCUUGCAAAAACUUCCCGGAUCAUUUGAAACUUCUUAGUUCUUAUCGUAUUUUGUCAAGGUUGUUUGUUUUUUUUUUUUGUUCUUUGAAGACUCACUACACGACAUAGAAUUUUGUGUUCAUUUACUUCUCAGUUCUCAUCAACCAUUUAACACUUCAAAAUCUAGUACCCAUCUUCUGGGUUUUUCCAUUAAUCCAUCUUUUUGGCUCUCAAGUGCCAUACACUCACUUAAAGAAGUUUGAACUCUGUUCUUGCAUUCUAGAGUUCUGAGUUUUUGAGAGAGAGAGAUGGCCAAGAAUUUGCCUGUGUUUACAUUGAAACACUUUUUGGUGUUAUCCUUAGCCUUGAAUGUGAGUCUGAUCUUGAGGGCGAUGUAUGAGAGUGAAAAAGGGAGUCUUUAUCGUGUGCUGUCACUGCAACAACAGAGAAGCUCUGUAAUCGCUGGUUGUGGGUCUCAAGAAGAGGCGCACGUUAGCAAGAAGAAGCAUCUCUCCAUUUCAUUACCUUCGUUGGAUACUACUACUAGUACCGGCAUUGAAGCUGAAGCUGAAGCUGAAGAUGGCGGGGAAAGAAUUAUCAAUCUUGACCACGGGGAUCCAACUAUGUACGAAAAAUAUUGGCAGCAAGUGGGUGACAAGACCACAAUUGUGAUUCCUGGGUGGCAAUCACUGAGUUAUUUCUCUGAUGUGAGUAACCUUUGUUGGUUUCUUGAACCUGAAUUUGCUAAAGAAGUUGUUAGAUUGCACAAAGUGGUCGGGAAUGCAAUAACAGAGAAUCGUCACAUUGUUGUUGGGACGGGUUCAACGCAACUAUUCCAGGCUGCCCUUUAUGCUCUGUCUGCGCAGGAUGCAUCGGAACCCAUCAGUGUUGUUUCUGCAGCUCCUUACUAUUCUUCCUAUCCUUCAAUUACUGAUUGCCUCAAGUCUGGGCUGUUCAAAUGGGCUGGUGACGCUCAAAGGUUUGACAAAGAUGGUCCAUACAUUGAACUUGUCACUUCCCCAAAUAACCCUGAUGGAUUUGUAAGGCAAUCUGUGGUGAAUCGCAGCGGGGGAAUAUUGGUUCAUGACCUUGCAUAUUAUUGGCCACAAUAUACUUCAAUAUCAUUUCCUGCAGACCAUGAUCUUAUGCUGUUUACUGUUUCAAAAAGCACUGGUCAUGCCGGGAUGCGAAUUGGUUGGGCUCUUGUCAAAGACACCGAGGUUGCAAAGAAAAUGACAAAAUUCAUAGAACUCAACACCAUUGGUGUGUCUAAGGAUUCACAGCUCCGAGCAGCCAAGGUUUUGAAAGUUGUUUCUGACAGCUGCGAACCAUCCAGCAGUGAAAUUGAAUGCUUCUUUGCGUUCAACCACCAACAAAUGGACAUGAGGUGGAAGCAACUGAGAGUGGCAGUGAAAGAGAGUGGUCUAUUCAGUGUGCCUGACUUCCCCCCUCAAUUCUGUACGUUCCUUGGCCGUGCCUUUGAGCCUCAGCCCGCUUUUGCAUGGUUAAAAUGUGAAGAAGACAUAAACGACUGUGAAGGCUUCCUUAGGGACAAGAAGAUCUUGACAAGAAGUGGGAAGCAUUUCGGCUUUAGUCCAAAAUAUGUGCGAAUAAGCAUCUUAGAUCGUGAUGAAAUUUUCAAUCUUUUUAUACAUAGACUGUCCAAGAUCAUUUCAUAACAGCACAGCAACUCAAGAUGCGUUUUGCAAAAGAGGAGCCACUCUUGUAUAUGUUAAAAAGGAGUUUAACAAAAUUUUAUGGAUCUACUUGUAAGAACUCUAUUAAUUUUGAUUCUGCUGUUGUUAGAGUUCAUCUAUAAGUGGAAUAAUGGGUCAGGGUCUAUUAAUUCUUAUUGAUUAUUGAUUUCAUGUAGGUUCCAGUUUGCUUCAGGGGAAAGAGGAAAGUGUAAAACAGCAGCUAUAGA